GCGAGGGUAAACUUUCGCAGUCAAGCCAUCCUGCUAAUGCCCUUAACUGCUCAAAGGAUCCAAGAAGCUACAGAUAUGCGUAAGGUCCUCCCAGCUAGAAGCAGAGAGCAAUGGUCAUGCCCCUAGACUGGAGAUAUCCUAGGACACAGUGAAUCUGAGAAGUACUCCAGGAUCACAGCGAACUCACUUCCCAAGCUUCCAGUGCAAUGCUACACAACUCUAUCUCGGAUACCUAAUCAACCGAGCAGAAAAAGCAGGGCCGUGGUGGUCUACUGAGCUUCCUGCAACAACAGUGGUUACAGAAAUGGACACUUUCACAGCUUCUCAGACAAACAGUUCCACCUGUGACUUAUAUGAGCAUAAAGAUACAGCACGGAUACUACUGUCUGUCUUCUACAGCUCCAUCUUAAUUCUUGGGGUGCUUGGAAACGCCAUUGCCCUCACCGUCAUUUUUAAAAACAGAAAGAAGAUCAACUCCACUACCCUCUAUUCAACAAAUCUCGUCUUCUCCGAUCUCCUGUUCUGUAUCGCCUUGCCUACAAGGAUAGCCUACUACGCCCUGGGAUUUCACUGGCCAUUUGGAGAAGCAUUAUGUCGAAUAACGGCUCUCUUGUUCUAUAUCAACACCUACGCAGGUGUAAACUUCAUGACAUGUUUGAGCAUUGACAGGUUUUUCGCUGUUGUCCACCCCUUCCGAUACAAGAUCAGAAGGAUUAAAUAUGCCAAGGGCAUUUGUGUCUUUAUCUGGUUUCUUGUAUUUAGUCAAACUUUCCCAUUACUUAUACAACCCAUGUCACAGGAAGAAAAAGAAAGGACUACAUGUAUGGAAUAUCCAAACUUUGAAAAAAUAGCACAUCUACCAUUUAUACUGCUUGCUGCCUGUUUAGUAGGGUACCUUAUUCCCCUGGGGAUUAUACUAUUUUGUUACUCUCAAAUUAGCUGCAAACUUUUUCAAACGGCCAAGGAAAAUCCACUGACUGAAAAAUCAGGGAUAAACAAAAAAGCCAUCAAUACAAUCAUAUUUGUAAUUAUAGUGUUCAUCAUCUGCUUUACCCCUUAUCAUGUUGCAAUCAUAAAACACAUGAUUAAGAAGCUGCAGAAUGAACCCUCGUGCACUGAAAAGAAAAUUUUCCAGAAGUCACUCCAUUAUACCGUGUUUCUGAUGAAUUUUAACUGCUGCCUAGAUCCUUUCAUCUAUUUCUUUGCAUGCAAAGGAUACAAGAGAACUGUAAUGAAAAUACUGAGACGACAAGUGAGUGUAUCAAUUUCAAGUGCUGUCAGGUCACAUCACGAAGAAAGCUCACGUGAUGUGGGAGAAACGCAAAUGAUGACACUUGCAAAAUCUUCCAAUGGAAAGCUACCUGAAAAAUAAAGUCUGUAGUACACACCAUAGCGGAGUAAGCUUAAAAAUCCAGGGUCCACAGUAAAAACUCUUAGUGGUCCCUGUACAGCAGCUUAAGUAAGAUUCUGUUUUUCAGGAUGUCAGGAAAUCAAGGAGUGAUGUUGGACUGAAAAAGAAUUGUCACAGGUCAGCAGGAAAACUCGGCAUUAUAAUUUCCUAGCUGUAUCAUUUUGACUGAUCUCAUUAUUUUUUCCAGGAAAUAUGCACCACUGUGAAUGUUCAAGUUCCAUACUGCACAUAUGUAUGCCUGGAUGUUAUUAACUCAAGCAAAGACUUGAUUCACAGUUUGGGUGUCUGAGAAAGGAUUAAACACCAACAGCUUACAAUUCAGACUGACUACAACCAGAACAUCUGAAAAUUGCAAGACCUCUAGCUGAGCUUCAAUUACAGCAAUGGUU